ACCAUCGACCAACCUCCGCAGUUCGAUUGGAGACACCGGCCGGCGUCGACGGCUGUUGCGAAGCUCCUUUCACCUUCGGGUUCGCGUGUGUGCUAAAGUCUUUCUAACCACCGUAUCUUUUCUUCUUUUGUGUCGAACAACAACCGUGAGACUGUUCUGGACAGAAUCGGUCGUUAAAAUCGGGGGAAGUUUUUAGUGUGCGUUUCUACGCGACGGUGAAACUCGCGCGACAAUCGAUAGUCGAUCAAGAAGUUGGUUGGUUGAUUUCCUAGAAAUGCGAAAGUGAACAUUAUCGGAGCGAGCGUGUGCAUGUACAUCGCAGGACGAUGGCUGAACUUUGUGUUUGCCGAUUUUUUGUGAUCCUUGCUCAUCUGGCGGUCGUCUUGGUUCUCGCCCAAAACCCCAUCGAGGAGAAGACCACCUUCGAGGCUGCCUUUCAAGGAAGAUGCGGUCACGGGUCUCCGUGCGAGCAGCUCUGCUACGAACUUCACGAUGGGAUGUACGAGUGCGAUUGCAAGGACGGCUACAUUCUUCAUAAAAAUGGAUACAGCUGCGCCGAGUUGAAUUCGACGUCUCCGUCGACAGGCGAACUGGGUGAAUUAGUCGAAGACGUCGAGAACGAUGAAUUAACCAAGGACACAGACGACGAUGAAGAUGCUGUCGAAGAUAUCCUUUACAUGCGUGGCGCGUCAUUCACGAUACACCUAGACCCGCCGCCAGAAAAUUCAACUACAAAUUCCACGAAGAUUAGCGAGGAAACUGGCGUUCCUCUCGAUCGAGCCGAGCUACGAGCCACGUCUCAGGGUCCGAAUUUGGAACAGAAGCUACCAUCCACGAUGGAGAGUAUAGUGACCACGGAACCAGCAUGUUCGCUAGAUUGUGGUCCAGCCGGAAACUGCUAUAUCGAGCUGAACCACGGGGACGACGUUGACCUAAUCGACAACGAUGAUGCAAACGACGAUGCCUCGAUGGCCAUGGAUCUCGAAGGAAACGACGUGGCACCGAGACGGAAGCAAGGACCGUUCAGGCAACGGUGUCAAUGCCCCCUUGGCAGAGGUGGAGAUCGAUGUGAACUCGAGGCCGAGGUGAGAUCACCACGGUUUACCGGCUUUGGUUGGCUGGCGUUCCCCGCUUUAAAGACUGCUUACAAGCACGUCCAAUUAGAACUGGAAUUCCGGCCCGAGGCUUGGGACGGUAUAAUGCUGCUAACCGGCGAGAGAGACGAUCUUCGGGGUGACUUCAUGGCCUUGAUUCUGCAUCACGGCUUCGUCGAGUUCAGGUUCGAUUGUGGGAGCGGAGUCGGCAUAGUUAGAAGCACGCAAACAGUGAGGCUGAACGAAUGGAACAUCCUGACCGUCUACAGACAUCGAUGGGACGCCUCGAUUCGGUUGAAUCAAGACAAACGUGUCGAGGGAAGAUCGAAGGGGUUGUUUGCGAGGAUUACGUUCCUUGAACCGUUGUUCGUUGGCGGCCCCGGAAACACAACCGGCCUCGAGCGACUUCCGGUGAGGAUCGGAUUUAAGGGUUGCAUCCGGCAUCUGGAAGCCAAUGAAUACCGCUAUCGUUUCCCCCUUGCGCCGCAGGGAGACGCGGUGAAUGGUUUCGACAUUGAGGAGUGUACGGCGGACAGAUGCAGCAAGGUGCCCUGUUCCCAUGGCGGUAAGUGCCUGGCUACUGGAGGCGACACAGCUGUAUGUCUCUGCCCCCUCGGAUACACCGGCGAUCUUUGCGAGACCAGAGUGGAUCUUCAGGUACCGUCGUUCAACGGCUCCUCUUAUCUGCGUUACCCGGGAUUGGCCGACACGUCUCUAUCCUGGCUGGAAUUGGCUGUCACGUUGAAACCGACUGCCGCAGACGGAGUUAUACUUUACAAUGGCCACCACAGCGACGCCACUGGCGACUUCAUCGCGCUGUACUUGUCGUCGGGGCAUGUUCAGUUUACCUUUGACCUGGGAACAGGACCAGCUAGUUUGAGGAGCGAGAAUCCAGUUCGUCUGGGUGAAUGGGUGGAGGUGCGAGUGUCAAGAACCGGACGUUUGGCCUCGCUCGAAGUCGAGGACGACCCUCCGCAGGAAAUCCUGGCGCCAGGAGCUUUCACGCAACUGUCGUUGCCACUAAAUCUUUACUUGGGCGGCGCGCCAUCCACUGACAUGUACUCACCGAAGAUGAAAACGACCGCCAGCUUCGUGGGAUGCAUUCAAACGGUCAUUUUGAAUCGUCGCGAGAUUGGAAUUCUCGCCGAGGCACUGGGUGGAGUGAACAUCGGGAAUUGUGGACACGCGUGCGAGGCGAGGCCCUGCGGAGAUGCGGAGUGUCGUCCGCUCCGGGACCGAUUCACGUGUCGUUGUCGACCUGGCGUACCGCAUCCGUGUCCUGCACCGGACGACAACACGAUUCUGGACAGCUCUCUGGUGAAACCGAACAGUGGUACGCGAUACGAGAGAUCCGUGCCUAGUUUCUCCGGUAGCGAGAGUUACCUUCAUUACAAUGACGCUGACACAAUGAAAAGGAUAAUAAGCUACAGGGUGGACAUUAAUAUGAGAUUCAGAGCGAGUAGCAGUAGUGGGUUGUUGCUAUGGAGCGGACGCCAAGCAGAUCCACAAGAACAAAGGGACGAGAACGACGAUUUUCUUGCUCUCGGCUUGGAUCAUGGUUAUCUGUCUUUAGCCUAUAAUCUUGGCUCCGGUGAGGCUGUUCUACGAUACAACUUAACGAGACUGGACGAUGAUCUAUGGCACCGGGUCCGGGCAGUCAGGAACGAGCAGUGGGCGUCGCUGGUCGUCGAUAGCGGAACCGGAGUAUCUGCGUCAUCGCCUGGACAGCUCAGACAGCUGAACACUGACACGGGUCUUUACGUCGGUGGUGCACCGGAUAUCGUGAGGACAACGGGAGGAAAAUACACGAAGGGUAUUGUUGGUUGCAUCAGCGACCUGGUCCUCGACUCAGACUUCUCCGUAGCGCUAUCGUCACCAGGACAAGCCACCAACACACACUCGUGUAUCCCCUGAAAGAUAUCCAUGCCGUCCGACGUUAGAUGGUUAGGUCCGCGUGGACCAGCGCUUAGAAUAUGAAAAUGCGAUGGCCAAGCCAAAGAUCGACGUCGUUGCAACAGCGUUUAAGGUGAAUCGCGGCCGCCUUGAGACGCCUUGAACGCUGAACCACGUUUCGACGUGGAAAACGAUUUAUACACACCGAUCACACGGUUUAUCAUUUUUGUACAGACUCAUUAACGACGAAAUUCUCCUGAAGAGAAUAAUAAAGUAACAGAAAAGAAAAAGAAAAAGAUAAAAAGGAAAGGCUAACAAAAAAUAAAAUACACAUAAAAAGAGGAAGAAAAUAAAAUAGAGAAAGAAAGCGAAAGACUACGUCGUGUGAGACCGUCGAAAAAGUAGACAGCUUACUGUAAAUAUUAAUGAAAGAUAUUUGGAAAUCUGUCAGUCGCCUCAAGAUAUAUUUCCGUUCGGUGACAACUUCCUGUCUGCACACAUCUUCGUGUCUCGUGGGCUACUCGAUCUCAAGACGAUAUCGAGACCUCCGAUAUUCGAUGAUAAGGAAGAAAAUAAAUAAAAAAACUCUAACUUGUCCUACCUUUAGUAUGGUGUUGCGUUUGAAUGUGUUGCGUUGCACGCGCGAACUACACGGAUCCAAAACGCGAGUCGAACGAUGUUAAAGAACAUUGUCGAAUCUCCCCGAUCUGAGUUCCUGCGAAUCGUCGUUCCUAUCGCGCGUUUGGACGGAAGUUGUUACGUAAGGAAUGUGCGUCUAGUCACAACUACGAUUAUCUCCGGCCGGAUUAAGAACUUGAUAGAGCGCGUCACGAAGACGGCUUUAUGGCCUAAUAAGAUUAAAGUACGUAGAAAAAGAUGAGAAAGAGAAAAACAAGAAGCAUAACCCCGUCGCGUCAAUUUUUAUUAAGCUCUCCGACCGGAUGUCACGCGAAAUCUUUUAAUUGCGAGGCAUUGUCAGUUUCAAUCAAUCAAGUAAUCGAACACCUCGAGGCACCUUAAAUACGUCCAACCAGUUCACACCACACCUCUUAGAUCAUCGUCUAAGAUUUCUCACGAUAUCUUUUCUUUGGUGACCGCACGACACGCGACAACCAAUAUGUAGCGAUCAUUUUGUUUCUCGUUCGAGCGAGCACGCCUCGAACACUCGAUAGGGAGGAUUAGAUUCAGAACAGAACGUAAAAUCAAUUACGAAAGGUACAAGAAGGACCAAAAGCAAUUAACACCUUUAACAACGAUGCAAAAGCAAAUAGAAUUUCUGGGGAAAAUCGAACGUUGUACAUGGAGAAAUUAUUUUUCCUCUUAAACACGAAAAUAUGAUACUUCCAUUGUUCAGGCUUCGUUAAUUUACUCGAAAUUAAUAAGAUCUUACAUAUUUAAGAUGAAUAUAUUAAAUUUGAAAUUCUAUUGAUGGAUAGAAUAUUAAUCCAUCCGAAAUAUUUCUUUGAAAAAUAAAUAUGACGGUAGAAUCGCAAUUUUGGAACGUACAAAUAUCUUCCCUAUGUAUAACCGGCAAUUUUUCAAAGUUCUCAUUGCUUUUGCGUCCGCUCGACAUGCACGCGAGAUGAAGAGGAUCGGCAUCAUGCGUGCAGAAGAUUUGCGCGCCCGUGUUUUACAAGAACCACUAAUGCUUCGUAAGGUACUUCCGUAGCUGGCAGUGUACGCUCCUCGACGUUUCCGCUUAAGAAGCACCGAGCUGCACGUUCUAACGGUUAAAUAUCUGUAUAAAAAAAGUAGCGACUUAAUUACGAAGAUGUCCCCGCAUAUUUUCUUAAUUCGAUAAGACUUUUCCAAGCGACCCUGAACGAACGGAUCUGAUAUACAUGUUAACCCCUUCGACGUGGUAAAUUGAAAGGAAACAAUAGAGUUAAAAUGAUAAAAGAAAUAAGCCGAAAGUAUUCCGAGGACUACGAUAUGGGUAGAACCAUAAACAAUUCAAAAAAGAAUAACUUCACGAAUGGAAUAGAAAUUGGAAUAAAUGCAUAUCGAAAAAGACGAGCAUUUUCCGGCACUAAACCUCAGAAAAAAAAGUUGUUUCAUCGAUAGUUACGUAACUUUACAGAUUAUAGGAAACAAAGUUCUAAAGCCUUGUUUGGCAUUCCUAUCAACUGAUUCAAUGUUCCGUUAUACUACAUAGUAGUUCCAAAAAGGCAGUAAAACUUUAUUGCAACUUCGUUUUACGCGAAUUCGUGCAAAUCGAUUUGACAGACUGUGUAACAGUUCGCAAAGCUAAACUUUAUCUUCGUGAACACGUAAUAACGUUUACUUAGUUAACGUUUCACUUAGAGGUCUACCUGUAUGUAUAUCGACAAAAUGAUUUCUAGCUAUACUUGGAAAAUGUCGAUAAAUGAAUAAAAACGUCGAAUGGGUUAAAAGAAAGGAAUCGGUCGGAAUCUAUCGGUCAGGUCAAUACGUAUACAUGUCAUAUCUUAACGAGAACGCGGAUACGGAAAAAGAAUAAUAAUGAACAACGGUUAGGGGGAUAGAUGAAUAUAUACACUUUGAUUUCUCCGUUUUGCACGGGAAUGAUUUGAAAACUUCGAACGAUCAAACUCGUACACAUCAUGUAAAAGCAAUCGGCUAUAGUCAAUUUUGUACGAAUGUUAUUUUCUUGAAAUUAUAUAAAUGAAGAAGUGGAAUAGGGAAAAAAGAAUAUCAAAGAUGAAUGGUAGUUACGUAGGCAAGUAUAAUACUAUAAUAAUAAACGAUUAUUCGCGAGUGAAGUCACGCACGAGAUGAAAAUAUUUUAAAACUCCGAUCUCUCGGAGACAUACUUUUACUUCAUUUCCUUUCUGCGCCCUUUCUUGCCUCCUUCCUUCCUUCCUUCUUUCGUUCUUUCCUUCCUUCCUUCCCUUCUCCUUUAUUCUCUUCCACCCUAUCAUUUCUUAGCACAAUUUUUAACAACGUCAAUGUGUGUGUGUGUGUGUGUGUGUGUGUGUGUGUGUGUGUAUCAAUCUCUGAACAAUUCUCCAAGCUUCGUAAUAUGCUUGUAUAAACUUUGUUCGUGGAGAUCGUUUCGCUGGAACAGCGAAGCAUUUUUGUACAAAAAUCUCGCGACACUGAGUAAGCUUCAUUUUCAUCGCGCGUAGAAAAAUUGCACUUGUUCCACGCGUUUCAUUUGUAUAUCGUGCGUUUCAGUUUUCUCCUGUAUUCGCGCUUGAAACAAGGUUCCUGGACAAUUUUUAGCUAUUAGCGUGUAGCCGUGCAUAUCUUUUAUUUAUCGACGAUCAUCAUCAUCAUUUUAGAUCUCAUCAUUCGCAAGCAUCGUGCGCGUCAGACAUUGAUUUUUGUUAGUAUAAUUAGACGAUUAAGGGAAUCGCUUAGUUCGUCGAAUAAAUCUCUCGGAACAUUUUACUUAUAUCAAUUAAAUAAAUUGUGGCACAUUAAACGAUUCUAUUUCUUGUACCUUGAGUGGAUAUAUCAAAUUGUUUCAUGAUGUUUGAUAUUGCAAACUCGUGUCUAACAAACGAAACUGUGAACUUUCAAUGAAUAUAUCUCAUUUACCACUUACCUUUAAAAUAGAAUCUGUUUAAUCUUAAAUUAAAUUGUUCCGAUUUUUGUGAAACACUUUGAUGACUAGAAACAGAAAAGUUUAUGUGAAUGGUGUUUUCUCCGAAAUAUUUAUAUAUUCAACGUUAGUAAAUUUCUUAGAUGACUUUACCGAAAUUAUGAAUCAUUGUCUUUCGAUCCUAUGAAUUCUUCGAUUCUCGUUGAUCCUUCUGAAGAAUCAAAGAAGAAGUAAACAUACUUUCUUAUGAUAUUCACCGCUUCUCCUUCAUACAACAUCUACCCCACGUUUAAUUUGUCGAAGAAAUGCAUAAACUGAUCGUAAGAAUUUGUUACGUAAACUUUAGGUACUUUUUAUUUAAGAUCGGACAUGAAAAUCGUUUAUUUUUAUCUUCGAUUAGAAGCAUUUCGGAAGAAAUCGUGUAUAUUUGUUUCUAUGGUAGAAUACGCAUACGUUGUGAAACGACCAGACGAUGGUUGUAUAAGUCAACAGGUCGUACAAAAUGCCUGAUAAAUACAAUGAGGAUUAGUAUCCAAAUAAGGCUGAAGCGAAAUCGUACUUACAUCCUGUACUGAAUUUGAAUGUAAGGAAAAUUAGAAAAUCGCUGGAUAUCACACCUCAGACAAAGCGAGAAGAGAAAGGAUGCUAUUAUUAAAAACAAACAAAAAAAUAUCAUACAUAUUAAUAUAUAAUAGAUAUUAUAUUAUUACUAAAUAUUAUAUUAAUAUAUGAUGCUAUAUAUUAAAUAUUUCUAUUAUGUCCGUCUGCAAAGUCUAUUAGAAGAGUCUAUCCUGUCAACCUAUUCUUGCGACCCAUGUGGAUCUCCUCAAAUAUAUAUGUAUAUACAUAUAUGUAAGUGUGUGUAUGCAUGUAUGUAUGCAUAUAGAAUGGUCGAAAAUGAAUUUUUCAUAUUUCGAUGCUGCAAAAAAAGACAAAACGAAAUAAAAGAAAGACAAAAAAGAAAAAGAAGAAAAAAACGAGCACACAUCACAAACGAGACGUUUGAUAUCGAAAAUUUAAAAAAAAACGAAACAAUUCUCUCGCUCUCUCACUUUGGAUAAAAUUAAUAUUCGUGUAGAUCAAGUUCAAUGAUGAUAAAUGGUGCGAAGGAGCUUAUCGAAUCUGAAGGUAUCACGCAAUUAUGCACAGAGGAACACUUCAUUAGAAUCGUGCUAUCGUAACACUUGUAUACUUAGGUUUAUUACGAUCUUUUUCCAUCGUUGUAUUUUCUCAAGAAAAAAUUGUUGCUUUGCCUUAUUACUGAAUCGUACAAAUUAUCGCCAAAACAUAUCUUUUAUAGUUAAUUUAUAAUGAUUCAUAUUGUUUAAAUUUAUCUACUAGAAAAACAGACAAAUUUACUCUAAAACAGAUUUUGUCAUAAAAAGCUAAAUUAUUGCCUUUAUUAUGAAAACAUUUCUUUUUCUUUGGUGUAAAAAUAAUAUUUUUUUAUUAAGAUGAGAUAUAAAUAAAAAUGCGAUAGUUUUAUCAAAAAUUUGCGAAUUAUCGCUUAGCUUGUUAACUUAAAUUACCGAACCGUAAAAGUCUUCUAUACAAUUAACAUUUUCUUAAAUAAUUAUCAAACAAUAUGAAACACACGAUUCUAAGUUAAUUUACUUAUUACAUCUAGUGCAGCGCGAUGCAAUAAUUUAACGAAUUGUGUAUGUAUAUGUUGGAACACGCAGUGGUAUAAAUUCAUAUGAGCAAAUGUGUGUGUCUCAACCCAUGUUGUCGAAGCAUCAAUAAAAAAGAGAUUUUAUAAA